AUGAGUCCUGUGAAGCGCUGGGGCAGCCCUUGCCUUUUCCCCUUGCAGCUCUUUAGUCUCUGCUGGGUGCUCUCAGUGGCCCAGAGCAAGACAGUCCGAUACAGCACCUUCGAAGAGGAUGCCCCUGGCACGGUCAUCGGGACCCUUGCAGAGGACCUGCACAUGAAAGUGUCCGGAGACACAAGCUUCCGCCUGAUGAAGCAAUUCAACAGCUCUCUGCUCCGGGUGCGAGAGGGCGACGGGCAGCUGACCGUCGGGGACGCGGGCCUGGACCGUGAGCGUCUGUGCGGCCAGGCCCCACAGUGUGUGCUGGCCUUCGAUGUGGUCAGCUUCUCGCAGGAGCAGUUCCGACUGGUGCACGUGGAAGUGGAGGUGAGGGAUGUAAACGACCAUGCUCCCCGCUUUCCCCGAGCCCAGAUCCCGGUGGAGGUCUCGGAGAGUGCUCCGGUGGGCACGCGCAUCCCCCUGGAAGUGCCUGUGGACGAGGACGUGGGUGCCAACGGGCUGCAGAGUGUACGCCUGGCCGAACCUCACAGCCCGUUCCGCGUGGAGCUACAGACGCGCGCGGAUGGCGCCCAGUGUGCGGACCUGGUGCUGCUACAGGAGCUGGACCGCGAGAGCCAGGCUUCCUACAGCCUGGAACUGGUGGCUCAGGACGGAGGGCGACCGCCACGUUCCGCCACAGCCGCCCUCAGCGUGCGCGUGCUAGAUGCCAAUGACCACAGCCCGGCCUUCCCUCAGGGUGCCGUGGCCGAGGUGGAAUUGGCCGAGGAUGCACCUGUGGGAUCGCUGCUGCUGGACCUGGACGCUGCGGACCCCGACGAGGGUCCCAAUGGCGACGUGGUGUUCACCUUCGGCGCCCGCACGCCUCCCGAAGCCCGCCACCUCUUCCGGCUCGACCCCCGCUCUGGCCGCCUCACCUUGGCCGGACAGGUGGACUACGAGCGACAGGACACGUACGAGCUGGACGUGCGGGCUCAAGACCGAGGCCCAGGCCCCCGGACAGCCACCUGCAAGGUCAUCGUGCGCAUCCGAGACGUCAACGACAACGCUCCCGAUAUUUCUAUCACCCCUCUGGCCGCCCCGGGGGCUCCAGCCGCCUCGCCCUUCGCCGCCGCCGCUGCCGCCGCCGCACUCGGAGGUGCGGACACGGCCUCAUCGGCGGGACCCGGGACACAGGAAGCGGGCGCCACCUCGCUGGUGCCAGAGGGGGCGGCGCGAGAGAGCCUGGUGGCGCUGGUCAGCACCUCGGACAGGGACUCGGGCGCCAACGGGCAGGGGCGCUGCGCCCUCUACGGGCACGAGCACUUCCGCCUGCAGCCGGCCUAUGCGGGCAGCUCCCUGGUGGUGACCGCGGCCUCUUUGGACCGGGAGCGCUUCGCCGAGUACAGCCUGACGCUGGUGGCCGAGGCCCGUGGGGCGCCCCCUCUCCGCACCGUGCGACCCUACACCGUGCGGGUGGGGGACGAAAACGACCACGCGCCGCUCUUCACCAAACCCGUCUACGAGGUGUCAGUCCGUGAAAACAACCCUCCCGGCGCCUAUCUGGCCACAGUGGCCGCCCGCGCCCCCGACCUGGGCCGCAACGGUCAGGUCACCUACAGGCUGGUAGAGGCCGAAGUGGGCCGCUCUGGGGAAGCCGUGUCCACUUAUGUCUCAGUAGACCCGGCGACCGGGGCCAUCUACGCUCUGCGGAGCUUUGACUAUGAGACCCUGCGCCAGCUCGACGUGCGCAUCCAGGCCAGCGACGGCGGAUCCCCUCAGCUUUCCAGCAACGCUCUGGUGCAAGUGCGGGUGCUGGACCAGAACGAUCACGCUCCGAUCCUCGUGCACCCGGCGCCGGCCAAUGGCUCCCUAGAAGUAGCAGUCCCUGGGCGGACUGCAAAGGACACAGCUGUGGCGCGCAUCCAGGCCCGGGAUGCGGACGAAGGCUCCAACGGGGAACUGGCCUUCGAUCUGCUGCAGCAGGAGCCGCGCGAGGCCUUCGCCAUAGGCCGCCGCACGGGGGAGAUCGUGCUCACUGGAGACCUCCCCUACGGUGCCUCUCCUGGCUUUGGGAAGGAGCCUGCGCCCCCUGUGGCGGUUUGGAAGGGUCAUUCCUUCAACACCAUCUCUGGCCGAGAAGCUGAGAAGUUCAGCGGCAAAGACAGCGGGAAAGGAGACAGUGAUUUCAAUGACAGUGACUCCGACAUCAGCGGGGACGCUCUGAAAAAGGACCUCAUCAACCACAUGCAGAGUGGACUGUGGGCGUGCACUGCUGAGUGCAAGAUUCUGGGCCAUUCUGAUCGCUGCUGGAGCCCAUCCUGUGCAGGACCCAGUGCGCACCCCCCUCCUCACCCACCAGCCCAGAUGUCAACCUUCUGUAAGAGCACAUCCCUGCCUCGGGAUCCCCUGCGCAGGGACAAUUACUACCAAGCCCAGCUGCCCAAGACAGUAGGGCUUCAGAGCGUCUAUGAGAAAGUGCUGCAUAGGGACUAUGACCGGACAGUCACUUUGCUCUCCCCUCCCCGUCCAGGGAGGCUCCCAGACCUGCAGGAGAUCGGGGUACCCCUCUAUGAGUCCCCUCCUGGUGGCAGAUAUGUGUCCCCGAAGAAGGGGGCCAAUGAAAAUGUGUAA